UCGCCAAGGCCACACGAUGAUUCCUGCCUAAAUCAUUUUAAAGACUGUAAGAAGAACAAAACUGCGAAAAAACAAGAAAUACAAAAAUCUGAGUGCACAAGAAAAUAAAAAGAGUUUGAGAUUCAACUUAAGAGUAUGACGAGCACUAUGAUGACUACAUUGCCACAGUUCAAUGGUCUUCGAGCCACUAAAAUCUCCGCAGCUCCUGUUCAAGGCCUGGCAAGUGUUCAGCCCAUGAGACGCAAGGGUAAUGGAGCUUUGGGUGCCAAGUGUGACUUCAUUGGUUCAUCAACAAAUCUGAUAAUGGUAACAUCGACGACGCUGAUGCUGUUCGCCGGGAGGUUCGGACUAGCGCCAUCAGCCAAUAGAAAGGCGACAGCUGGACUUAGGCUGGAGGCACGUGACUCGGGUCUACAGACAGGUGACCCGGCCGGGUUCACCCUCGCCGACACAUUGGCUUGUGGUACCGUUGGUCAUGUUAUCGGCGUUGGAGUCGUGCUCGGCCUCAAAAACAUUGGUGCUAUCUAAAAUUUGUUGAAGCUCUUUUAUUUGAUGAAUAUGUAAAAUUUGUAGAUUUUUAUAACAAAUGUUCUCAUGAACCGGAGGGAGGUCUAAUGAGAGUUGCAAGUCUUUAUGUUUAUAAUGUUUGGAUCGCAUUUCAUUCUCUUUAAUUGAUGUGUUUGUUUUUCUUCGAA